GGGAGUGAAGGGGGGUCUUUGGUCCUUUAACACUGCUCUAAUCCCAGUUUCUCCUCCGUUCACGUCCACACACCCAGGCAGCGAGGAAAGAGCCCCACACUUGAGGAGGACACGGAGCCUGCACCUGUGCGUGGGUUCCCUGCAGAAGACGCCACAUCCUCACAACUUCUGAGAAUCCAGACGGAGAGUUCCUCCCGUCCAAAAUGAAACUGGUUGUGACUCCAUCUGUGCUGCUGUUCGCCAUCUGUGUCCUUGCCCCACCGUGGACCUCCACAGCCCACCAUGAGCCAGAUGACUCGAAGCUCCUCCAGGUGACCAUCACCUCCGCCGAGCCUGUGAUUGCCGUGCUGGGUGGCUCGCUAACUCUACCCUGCCUGGUGUCGCUCACCCACCCGCCGCCGUCGACCACCUCCAACGGCCGCCACGCGGUGCUGUCCGAGCCCCGGGUCAAGUGGAGCGUCCUCACCCACGGUCAGGAGACGGAGAUCCUGGUGGCCCGCGGCGACAGGGUGAGAGUCAGCGAAGCCUACAAAGACAGAGCCUCGCUGCUCAACUACGCCUACUCCCCUGCGGACCUCACCCUCCACCUGGAGAGCCUGAGGCAAAACGACACCGGCUUCUACCGCUGCGAGGUGCAGCAGGGCCUGGAGGACGCUGACGACGUGGUUCAGGUCAAAGUCAAGGGUGUGGUGUUCCAUUAUCGUGAUGCAUCCAGCCGGUAUGCUUUUACCUUUGAGCAAGCCGCAGAGGCCUGCGAGCAUAUUGGGGCUCGCAUCGCCAGUCCGGAGGAACUCCUCGCUGCUUACCACAGCGGUUAUGAGCAGUGUGACGCUGGCUGGCUGGCAGACCACUCAGUCAGAUAUCCCAUUCAGAUGCCAAGAGAGGGCUGUUUUGGAGACAUGGAUGGCCUGCCUGGAGUGAGGAACUAUGGAUUGCUAGAGCCUGAUGAGCUUUACGAUGUCUACUGCUAUGUGAAGAAUAUUCACGGUGAAGUGUUCCAUGGCUCCACCCCCCAGCGUUUCACGUUCUGGGAGGCCAAGGCUUACUGUGUGAGUCACGGGGCAGAGCUGGCCACCACAGCUCAGUUAUAUGCAGCCUGGAACGAUGGACUGAACCACUGCAGCCCCGGGUGGCUGGCAGACGGCAGCGUGCGUUACCCGAUCGUCACCCCCAGAGAGCGCUGUGGAGGGGGGGAGCCUGGCGUUAAGACCAUCUAUCGCUACAGCAACCAGACGGGCUUCCCAGAGACUCAAUCGCAACAUGAUGUCUACUGUUUUAAAAGUGAUCAUGGUCCUUACACUGAAUCCCCGCACGAUUUUCUUUCCACUGAGCCAGAGGAUAUCGGCCAAGACAUUAUUUUCUUAACAACGCAGGCAGACGUCAAUCAAGACGAGGUAACGGCAGAAGGGGUUAAAGAGGUGUACAGUGCCCGAACAGCAAAUCCAGUUAAGGCUGGCCCUGUGGAUGCUCGGUCCCCAGAACAGGACAAUAGCAAGGAGUCAGCAUUUACCGCCGACCCCACUCAGUCUGAGACUUCUCCUUCAGAGCAUCCGGAGAGGUCGUCCACCAGUAAAACCUGGGAGCUAGUAAAAAAAGCCAGCUACCCAGAGUCCUACCAGCCAGCGCCUGAAGAAAACCAGGAGACUGACCACGAGGAGUCCGAUGUGCUUCCAACAGCUCCGCUGAAGGUCGAUGCUGUGGAGACUCACAAAGAUCCCGCCAUCCCAACACAUGAACCUUCAGACAGCACAGAGCCAACAGAAGGUCUCACUUCUGAGACCAAAAGCAUGGACAUCCAUGUCGUAAACGCUACGUCAGAGGCAGAUGAAGAUGACCUGCAUGAGGAAGAAAGUGAUCUCCCAGUUUUGCAGGAGGACCACACUCAGGAUGUCCACAUGGAAAGCAUCUCCGUAACCGAAUCUCACACCUCAGGACAUCCAGAAGAGGGCACCAUUGGUGCUGUUGAAGACAUUUCAGCCAACAUUUCACCUCACAGUCAGGAAACAAAUGUCCACACCACUACCGUGUUUCCAUAUUUAGACAACAGUACAACAGAGAGUCUUCCAACAGAGGAGGCAUCUGAGGAGGAGACUCAAAAUCCUCCUCCACACGAGGACACAAUGAACCCUGGGACCCAAAGUCUGAUGGGUAUACAAGUCCAUACCUCCUUUGAGGUGGUCCCUACUUCUGAUUCAAGUUAUAAUCCCACUCAACAGCACUUUGGUGUUACGAUAGAGCCGUCAUUCUCAGUGGACCACAGUGGUGAGGAAUUAAAAACCACUGCAGCACCAGAUAAUCAAACAGAGCUGAGUGGACAAGUGCAUCUGGUGGGAGCCACUGCAGCUGAAGUUGUCACAGGUGACACAUAUACCUUUGUAGAUGCUCCCGUCCUAAAGAAGACUCACAUUACACUGCUUGCGGCCCCAGUGUCUGUAACUCCAUCUUCACCCUCCGUGGAGAAUGAAACCUUCACUCUAGGGACGGCAGCAUCCUCUCCAGAAGGUCAUGUUUUAUUUGAUGCCGAACCUCACGAAGGUCGAGAUGAGCCAGACCGGGACGGAUUGAGAGAAAACCCUAUAGUCUUCCUCAGCACAGCCCAGAAUAUCACAGACAAUGACCCAGAGGAAAUAUCGGAUGAAUUUUCCGGAGAACAUCCUGGGAUGAAAUCGGAACUGGAUCUGACAAACACUACACUCUCAGUGGAGCACACGAGUGAGAGAGUUACUGAUGAAUCUGGCACCGAUGCGCCCCCUCCAUCAGAGAUAAAAAUCACACUGCUCCCUCAUUUGACCCUCACACCGGGCUGGGAGCCAGAGCCUUCGUUCUCCACGCCACAGGAGUCCCGCUCUGAUCGGGAGUACAGCGCCAUGCCUCCUGUCAAAGAGGAGUCUGACGACACCUCUAAGGAACAAGACACUACCACGAGCAAUAUUAAUGAACGUGUAUCAGAGGGAGAUGAGGACGAGCCCUCCGUUAACAUAUGCACAUGGCGUCCUGAGGAGGAGCAGACCUCUACUCCAGCCCACACCGCAGACAGCAGUGACGCGGCCGUCGUUGAUCCCACCCUUCACCGUGAAAACUCUGAAAACGACCAGGGGCUGCAGACAGCCAUGGGCGCCACCCUGCCAGCUGCCAAAGCUUCUGCUGCACAACAGGGGGAGCUCUCAGAUUCCUGCCUGGAUAACCCUUGUCUGAAUGGAGGUACCUGUGUUGAUGGAGAACAUGUGAGGUGUCUUUGUUUGCCCGGUUAUGGAGGAGACGUAUGCCAAACAGAUGCAGAGGAAUGCGAGCCAGGCUGGGAGAAGUUUCAGGGCUUUUGCUAUCAUCACUUCAGCAAAAAGCAGAGCUGGGAGGCAGCUGAGCAGCACUGUCGGAUGUGUGGCGGCCAUCUGCUCUCCCUCAUGACCCCUGAGGAGCAGGACUACAUCAACGAAAAAUACAAAGAGUACCAGUGGAUCGGACUAAAUGACAGAACCAUUGAGGGCGACUUCCGCUGGUCAGAUGGGAACCCUCUGCUCUAUGAAAACUGGUACAAAGGCCAGCCGGACAGCUACUUCCUGUCCGGUGAGGACUGUGCAAUAAUGGUGUGGCAUGAUGGCGGCCACUGGAGUGAUGUGCCAUGCAACUACCACCUGCCAUACACAUGCAAGAAGGGUGUUUCCUCUUGUGGAGCACCCCCUCAGGUUCCCUUUGCUAAGGUCUAUGGAAAGAAGCGGUCGCGUUACGAGACCAACAGCAAGGUGCGCUACUACUGUGAAGAGGGUUUUGUGCAGAGACUCAAUCCCGUAAUCAAAUGCCUGCCUGGUGGCCUGUGGGAGGAGCCUCUGAUUACCUGCAUGUCAACUCAUCCAGUAGAAGACGACUCAGUUACCUCACAGCCUGACCAGCACCAGGAGGUCAGGGGGGCAGCCACAGAGAAAGCAGUCCCACUUUUUUGGGACAUUAAGUGGAAUUUCUAAAUCAAAAAGCAAGAUUCCUUUUGUUUUCCCAUUUUUACUUUGUUACAAGGAAAUGUACCAUCCAAUCUUUCUAUUAUGUUUAACUGAUUAAAACAUUUCUAUUAAUGACUCAUUUUCAAGGUACAUUUCCACAAAAUCUGGGCAGUUUGAAAGUCCUGUUAUCCAAAUAUGUGCGUAUUCCAGUACUGCAGUCUGAAGACCCAUCCUUUAACAAUCUAUUCAUUUGACCAUUUAAAAUGACAAACUCUCUUCCCAAUUGCUAUUUGAUCUAGAUUAAAAAAAGACAUGAAAGAAAAUAAAUCCACCAAAGUUUUUCCUACAAAAUAGUGACAUCUCAUCAAACCAUAGGAUUCUGCACACAGUUCAAAAUACUGAACAACUGUUUCCGAGAAAGAUAUUUCCACUAAAUUCUAUGGACACAUGUUUGUUGACUGUCAUGCUCAAGGAUAACUUAUUCAGAAAAGUCUGCUUAUCAUGCCCCAUGAAUUCAGUAUUACGUCAGAAGUUCGAAGUUUGAAUCUGAUGUCAAUUUUACAGUCUGCUUUAUUGGGAGCAUGCCAAAUCAAACAGAGACUGUCAAGUAAUUCAAGUAGAUGAUGGAAACGAGGAGGGUAACAAAUCAAGACAGACAUAUCCACAAAAUUUCAGUUGUUGCAAUAAUAACAAUGAUAUUAUUGCUGGUUUAGAUAAUUUGUCAUUAUGUAGCUGAGUUGUGUUAUUUUUUUGAGCAUCGGCAUAUUAAGUGACAAUGUCAAAUUUGUAAAUUUGACUGCUGACACCAAUCACUGCAUUUACGUGAUUUAAAAAAAUAACUUGAUUAAAGAGACCAUGAUCAUAUUUCGCUUUAUUUUAAUGUUUUUUUUUUAUCUAACACUCAUGUAACUUCUUCUCAGAAUCAUUUCUACCAGUGUUAAAAACUGUCCCAGAUCCUGUCCGACUAUAUUUCUGGUAUAUCUGAUGUAAAUGUGUAACUAUCCAAGACUGCAGCGGCCUGAUCAUGUAAACCACCUUCUACUGUAAGAGCACAAUGAUCUUUUUUUGGUCUUUUUCCUGGACACAUUUUAACUCCCAAAAAGGCUUCUAUUUCACAUGGAAGCUUUUUUGAAAUUCAUAGAUAAAAGCAACAGAUUUAUGUAGAACGCUUAAAAGUCAGUUCUUUCUUAUAGCGUUAGAGUGCCAACUAAACCAGCUGAUGUGCAACUACUGUGUCCUCAAGCUGCCCAUUAUGACAGGGGAUGAUUUCCUUCUCUCCUUAACUACACAAGCAUUGACAAUUAAAUUUGGAGCUGGAAACAGUUAAUGAAAAAUGUGUCACAAAAGCUAAUGUGUGUAUAUUCACUGCAUUUCCCCUCAUAAAGUCCUUUUUGGUUUUUGGAUUUUUCAGUUAUUUUUCUAAAACAUAUUUAUAGUACAUUACUAACAGAAAUACACUUAACUGUGCAUCAGUUAUUCAGUCUUUACUUUACAAAACACAACUGAUGAUACAAGUUGUUCAGGAGGAGGAUUUCAAGGGAUCAUACAUACUCUAGUGAUCCAGUCAGACCCGAGUUGUUCUGUUUUGUGUCUGCUUUUCUUCACAAGUAAUCACACUGAGCUCCAGCUAUGAUGCUUCAGAUCUUUAUGCUGCCUCGUUGUGUUCUGAUACCAGACAGAAUGGUUACAUACAUAAUAUGGGAAACCUUUAAUGUCAGCAGAAAUAAGAACUCUCUGCUGCUCUUUACUGUUCCAGGACGACUUUGUGCCUCGUUCAGUUCCUAACUUAACACGUCACACUGCUGGGUCAGAACCAAACCACAUCACGUGAUUCUCUGCAGAGCAGCGAUUCUUCCUGUCCUCUGGAUCUUUUUGUGCAGGCCCCCCCUCAAACUUUGCUGCAUCUUUUGUUUGACCACAGUUGUAUUCUCAAAAAGUGUUAUUAUCGACUUUUUAACCCAGAUGACAGUUUACUGGCAACUCAUUUUGAAAAUCAGACCUAUGUUUAAAUGUUUUCAGAAAGUAAUUUAAUACCUAGAAAAGUGACUAUGCAGAUCAUUGUAAUUGUUCCAAGGAACUGGAACCAUAAUAAUGUAUAAAGGUGAAAUGAAUAAAGAAAAAUGUGUAUUUGUAGUCUGAAUCUUUCUGUCAAUUGUCUGUUUAUACAACUGUGUGAAAAAUUGAAAUGAUCCUGGAAGAUAUGUGAUCUCUGUUGAUAUUAUUAUUGCUUUAUAUCAUACUGAAAAGUUUGCUUAAAAGCAUAUUUUUAAGAAAAUUAUCCAGACUCAUUGGCAAAACCAA